UGGCACGAAGAAACAGAAAUCCCACCCGCCCUUUUCCCACCCUUUUCCUGGUUUUUCUUUCGCCCUCUCUCUCUCUCUGGAAGCCGCUGGUUUUCUCUUUCCGUUAUCUCCCUCUCUCUAAAACCUAGUUCCGUUUCUGCGUGGCUGUUUCUCACAAUCAACAGGGGUAGUUUUAUGAGAUGAUGAUGACGCCGUUACAGAGAUACCUAACUUCCGUUGAUCCCAAUCGCGAAUAGAAUUUUUUUACUUUUAAAAAAAAAUCUUGCUUUUCUUGUUCUUCUUCAAUUUAUCUGAGAGCUGCAAUCGUUGUACCAUGGGAUAUCUGAAUCCUGUUCUGUCCACGACGAGCGGGACACAGGUUGACGAUUCCCCCGUUAGUGGGGGAGGGCUCAGUCAGAAUGGGAAGUUUGGCUAUGGAUAUGCCAGCUCUCCAGGGAAAAGGUCUUCCAUGGAGGAUUUCUAUGAAACCAGAAUUGAUGGUGUUAAUGGAGAAAUAGUGGGUCUGUUUGGAGUAUUUGAUGGCCACGGGGGUGCUCGAGCUGCAGAGUAUGUUAAACAAAAUCUCUUCAGUAAUCUGAUCAGGCACCCAAAGUUCAUUUCUGAUACCAAAUCGGCUAUAGCUGAUGCAUACAACCACACAGACUCCGAAUUUCUCAAGUCGGAAAACAAUCAAAACAGAGAUGCUGGCUCAACGGCUUCCACUGCUGUUCUUGUAGGUGAUCGUUUACUUGUUGCAAAUGUUGGGGACUCCAGGGCUGUUAUCUGCAGGGGUGGAAAUGCUAUAGCUGUUUCACGAGAUCACAAGCCGGACCAGACUGAUGAGAGGCAACGGAUUGAGGAUGCCGGAGGUUUUGUGAUGUGGGCUGGCACUUGGCGAGUUGGAGGUGUUCUUGCUGUCUCUCGUGCAUUUGGUGAUAGGCUGUUGAAGCAGUAUGUUGUUGCAGAUCCAGAGAUUCAGGAAGAAGUGAUUGACAGUUCGCUCGAAUUCCUUAUCCUUGCAAGUGAUGGACUGUGGGAUGUCGUGACAAAUGAGGAAGCCGUCUCAAUGGUUAAAUCCAUAGAGGAUCCAGAACAAGCAGCCAAGAGGCUGAUGCAGGAAGCCUAUGAACGAGGCAGUGCAGACAACAUAACCUGCGUCGUUGUUCGUUUCUUAGCGGGCCAUGGGGACCCAUCUCAGUAAGAUGACGGAGAAAGCAUCAUCGACCCGUAUCCUGACGGAGAUAGACUUGAAAUAAAAAUCCCCAACCAAUGUCAAGUUUACAGAAAAACCACCAUAGAAUCAGAAAGUCUCAAAGUGGUAAGAAAAAAACACUUUUCAGGGCUGUAGUUACUGUAAUGUAGUUUAGCUGAUGAUAUAAUGUAUGAAUCUGUAAAGACCAUGUUUUCUAUCUGCACGAGGUAGUAUAGUUCCAAAAACACCA